AUCAUAUGUUUUCUCAUUUUCAUUCGACCGACCCAACCUAUUAGACGGUGACGCUGUUCUCUGUAUACGUGUUGUCAUUAUUUUGAUCCGAGAGUUUACUUCUCUCUUUAUCUCUUUCUCUCCCUCUCUUUCUCUCUCUCUCUCGUUCUUUCUCUUUCUCUCUUUCUCUCGUUCUCUCUCUCUCUCUCUCUCUCUCUCUCUUGUUCUCUCUAGCACGUAACCGAUAUAUCGUCGAAUUUACGCGUCGUAUAAUAGUUUAUAAAUUCUUCAUAUAAAUAUGAAUUUCACACCGAGAACUUUCAAAGAGAAGCGAUCCUUCGCUCAAAGAGUAGCAGACGUAGAGGCUAUAAGAGAGAGACAUCCAAAUAAAAUUCCUGUAAUAGUCGAAAGAUAUCCAGGAGAAAGACAAUUACCAAUAUUGGAUAAGACUAAAUAUUUGGUACCAGAUUUCUUAACGGUUGCCGAAUUCAUAAGAAUCAUCAGACGUAGACUACAAUUAAAUCCAACGCAAGCAUUCUUUCUAUUAGCGAAUAGAAGAAGUUUGGUAAGUGCUAGCAUGACUAUGUUACAACUUUACCAAAAAGAAAAGGACGAGGAUGGGUUCCUUUACAUCGUAUUUGCCAGUCAAGAAGUAUUUGGUCAUUAGUUAGUUAACGCAAACAUUUAAUUGCGAGUUAAUACGAUAAUGUGUAAGUUUUUAAAUGGAUGGAAACAAACUCGCGUUAACCGAUUUCCAUAUUGUUUUAGAUAAAAAUAAGUUUUAUGGGACUUAAUCUAUACGUAUAUAACGAAUAUUUUCACAAAAUAUUAGAUUUUAAUCAUAGAUCUGCUGUUACGUGUUUGCCUUUAAACCGAAUGCGCAGAGCCCUUGUGAUCGACUUGCAGUACCUGUCAAAAUAUUUAACGGAACAAUCAUAUUUGAAAUUUGCAUCUGAAAUCGUCAUGGUGCUUGGAAUCUUUUGCAAAUAAAUCCAUAGUAUUCGAAAUAAGUUAAGAUUUAGGAUGAAUUUAAUUUAUUACCAAUUGUCUUUGGCUGAUGCUAUUUACCCUCUAUGGCAACACGCUUAACCGUGAUAAUAUAAUUAAAAACAAUACUUUAUAUACAUUAAGGAACAUAUAUGUAUUCGAAUUUUAUGCAAAAAGAUAGUUGCUUAGAUUCUGUAUCGUCUAAUCAGAAUCCACAGACAUAUAUCUUGCAUUAAUUUUAAUGCAAAUUUAGUAACUUAUAUGCAUUAUUUGUAUAUUGCAUAGUAUAGUGUGAUAUUUGUGACACUUUAUAUAUCAUGCGCAUAUAUGCAAGCGAAAUGAAAUAUUAUUUUUUCCAUAUGUUAAUCGCGAUAUACAUAUAUAUAUAUAUAUAUAUAUACACACAUAUGUAUCUUCUAUACAGUGGACUCUCGUAAUGAGUAAUCGUUAUCGUGUUUAAAUGUGAUGAAAAUAUCAAACAAAGUCGGUUCUUAUCGAAGUUAGGUGACUUUAUGUUCGCCUCUAUUCGUAGCCUUGCUGAAUGCACGUUCCCUCAAACGAGCAUAAAUAUAUGCUGCGAAUUAAUUUCUGUGGUAUAUUCACCAUAUCGUUACCGUAAUAUACUUAUUCGGAAAUGCUGCAAUAUUCGUGAAAGUGUUCAUGUACAUAAUAUAUAUACAAUGUGAUGUAUAUCGAAUAUUAGUCAAAGAGCCUCUCUAUCCUUAUUUCGAGUUCGGCUUUGAAAGCACUUUCUGUAUUUACAUCCGUCGAUCGAAAUGGUGCUUUUAACGCGCAGAGCGAUGUUCGAAUAGUGGCCUUAGAAUCUAAAUUAAGACUGGGCAUUUAAAUAUGAAUUUCUUUAUGUCAAAUAAUUCUUUAAAACAACAUAUAUACAGUUAAUCGUGCCGAUCGGAAACAAACGGUCUUGGAUAAUCUUCCAAACUGUAUUUUAUCGUUCUUAUGAUUACUAUAAAUGAACUAAAAGGAUAAGAGUACCUGUUAUUAAAAAAAAAAGACAAAAAAAAAAAAAAGAAAAAAAAAUUAUAAAAAUAGCUUCGAUUAUAUUUAUUAAAUGAUCUCUAGCAAUUCUGCAACAAAGCGAUUGACGGAA